GGCUUCAAGCCCAUUUCCAAAAGGGCCUCUUCCCGCGAGGCUAAAGUUCUGAGUGCGCAGGCGCGAGCGCACGGCUUCUUCCCGGCAAAAUGGCGAUGGGGUUGAUGUGCGGACGCCGGGAGCUUCUUCGCCUGUUACGGCCACAGCGUCAGUUCCACAGCGUCGCAGGGCCCUCACAUUGGCCCCGAAAACCGCUGACCGCGGGGCACCUCUUCCCAGCCGGCCGGUGCUGCGAGCGCCCGCACUAUGUCCUCCUCGCGGCCCCUGGCCCACGGGGCCUCAGUACCUCUGUGAUCUUGUUCUCAGAAGCCCAGGUUCAGGCCCCUCCUGUCAUUCCUGCAACUCCCCCACCCACAGCCAUAACGGAGGUGGCUUCUGGAGAGACUGCAGAUGUAAUCCAAACUGCUGCAGAACAGAGCUUCGCUGAACUGGGGCUGGGGUCAUACACCCCAGUGGGACUAAUUCAGAACUUACUGGAAUUUAUGCAUGUUAACCUGGGCCUACCUUGGUGGGGGGCCAUUGCUGCAUGUACAGUCCUUGCCCGAUGCCUGGUGUUUCCUCUCAUCGUGAAGGGCCAACGAGAAGCAGCCAAGAUCCACAACCACUUGCCAGAGAUCCAGAAGUUUUCCACUCGAAUCAGAGAGGCCAAGUUGGCAGGAGACCAUGCUGAGUUUUACAAGGCCUCCUCGGAAAUGACAUUUUACCAGAAAAAGCAUGAUAUUAAACUCUUUAGACCUCUUAUUCUACCUCUGACUCAGGCCCCAAUCUUCAUCUCCUUCUUCAUUGCCUUGAGAGAAAUGGCCAACCUUCCUGUGCCCAGCCUGCAGACAGGUGGCCUCCUAUGGUUCCAGGAUCUCACACUGUCUGACCCCACCUACAUAUUACCACUGGUAGUAACUGCUACAAUGUGGGGUGUCCUUGAGUUAGGCGCUGAGACUGGUGUACAAAGUUCUGAUCUUCAGUGGAUGAGAAAUAUAAUCAGAGUGAUGCCCCUAGCAGUCUUGCCCAUAACUAUCCAUUUCCCCACGGCUGUGUUCAUGUAUUGGCUCUCCUCCAAUGUGUUUUCCCUGGGCCAGGUGUCUUGCCUCCGGAUUCCAGCCGUACGGACUAUACUUAAAAUCCCCCAACGUGUGGUGCAUGACUCUGACAAAUUACUUCCACAGGAAGGCUUCUUAAAAAGCUUCAAAAAAGGGUGGAAGAACGCUGAACUGGCUCAUCAGCUACAAGAGCGCGAACGACGCAUGCAGAAUCACUUAGAGCUAGCAGCCAGGGGUCCCUUACGACAGACCUUCACCCACAACCCUCUGCUACAGCCUGGAAAGAAUCAGCCUCCCAGCACCCCGAGUAGCAGCAGUGCCAACCCAAAGUCAAAGCAGCCCUGGCGUGACACACUCAGCUGAAUUCCAUCUCUGCUCACACUGGUAGGAACUCUCUCUUCAAAGGCUCAGCCUCAGAACAAGAUUUGACGCUGAGUCAUUGCCCCAGGCCUUAGAAACUCUGAGGUGUUGUACAGAUCUUCAUUGUAAAAGUGGAUUCCACUACAGACUCUUACCCCUAAGUGUAAAAGAGCCGAGUGAUCUUGCCAUCCACAGAAUUAGUAAACCUCUGUACUCCAUGCUGCUUUCUGACACUUAUUAAACAGGGAAAUGAACUGAAGGAUAGAUUGAUUGGUAAUUGCUCCUGCCCAUGCUCUUAGGAAGUGCCUCAGUGUUGUCAACUGGCAUUAUGAUCUUAAACUCCUACCUCAUACAUGGAUUUUUCCAUCCAUUUAUUUAUCUUGGAUCCUAUAAAAUAUUCAAGUAGAUGUGCUCAAUUUCUUAGUGAUCAGUACGAAGGACAGGAGUUGAUAUCUAACAACCUAAAAUUUUGCUAGAGCAACUUAGGUGUGCUCUCUCGCAUAGAGACUGGUUUCAUCAGCCUCCAACAGCUGACUUGAGAGACAAGCAGAAGACUGGGACAGUUUUCAUUAGGCUAAGAGGAACACUAAAAGCAGACACCUAUCUAAAAUGAAGCCACUCAAAGUCUAGAACAUAACGUUUAUUGUCUAGCACCUGUGACAGUUUCAUGUCUCUCUCUCUAAAGGAGACAGGAAGUUUGGAGCAUUAUUGGCCCUUUUAAAGGAAAGGAGUGGGUAGGCACAGCCAGAAGUGAGUGAACAUCUUGACACACGGAAUAUGCUACUAGUACAACCAAGCCCACACCUGACAUGCUCCCCACCACAGUCUGCUAUAUUGUCUCUUUUUUAAAAAAAAUCUGGAACAGUGUGUAGCAAAACAAAUAAAUUACUUUUCAUCUCUCAAAAAGCAAGUUCAAAAAUUGGAGGCACCUGUCCAGAAGCUUGGUCUGAGCAGCUUCAACAAAGAAGUGUACUUUCCUUUUCUCUUCCUUGGCUCCAGCCAGCAAGAGACAAGAGGCCCCCGCUUUCCGCAUCUUAGAAUUCUAGAUGGUGUUUAGUUAGACUUGGGAUCUCGUUGCUUGGGUAUCUCUCUUCCAUCUUCCAAAUCCAUCUCUGCAGCAACUGACAUACAUAGGACCUGGAGGUACCAUGUAGUGGAUGCUGCAAAGAGAAGUGCGAGUCAAAAGUGAGAAGAGGUCAACUGAGCUCAAUUCAAGUGGCACUGAACAGGGCUGGCCUGGAGGACAAUUCAUUUAAGCCUUAGUGUUAACAGCAAGAGCCAACGGCAAAGGUGACUUAGGGGGACGAGACUUGUGGAAAGGCCAUACACAAUAGCUAAGCCAACUCGAAGAUCCAGAGGCUUGGGGCGGUGGGGAGGGGUGGCUGGAUGGCCCAGUUGGUUAAGCAUCCAAUUUCAUGAUUUAGGCUCCGGUCUUGAUUUCAGAGUUGGGAGUUCAAGCCCCCACGUUGGACUCCACACUGGGUGUGGAGCCUACUUUAAAAAAAGACCCAAAGGCUUACCCACAAUCCUUCGGAGGCAGUGAGGUCGCUUGUUUUCUGGCACUCUGAUGAUGAGGAAGUAAAAGGGCAAGCCCGAGAGAGCAAUGCCAAUGCCGAUGAGGGAGUUGAUGGUAUCACUGUAAAGCGGUACGGCCACCAGGAAGAUGGUGCAGAGGCAGAAGACAAUGGGAAAGAAAAGACUGAGCUGAAGGGCACAAGACAAAACAAUGGACGUCAGACAGCUACAGUAGCAGUUUCUCCUGUGUAGAUUACAGCACUGAGCCCUUCCAUCCCCUUCAUCUCCACCCACUACCACCACCAAAUCCUAGGCAGAGGGUUCUGUCUUGAAAGAAUCCCCUGGAGCAAAGGUAAGAUGGAGGUGAAUUACCUUGAGGGGACGAGGCCGAUUAGGCUCCUUCCAGCGCAGAUAAAGCUGACCGACAAUAGAGAGCCCCACGAAGAACCAGUAGCUGAAGCUGUAGUAGUUAAUGAGCUGAAAGAUGUCCUCCACACACAAGUAGAUCAGUGCCAUGAUACCCUGCAGGCACAAGCAGAAGUCAGCUCCUCCUCACAGCAUUUGUCACUCAAGGGGUUUUUUUAAUGCCCUUUUUUUUAAUCCCUACACCCAGUGUGGGACUUGAACUCACAACCCCGAGAUCAAGAGUUGCGUGCUUCACUACCUGUGCCAGCCACAUGCGCCCCCCCCCCCCCCCCCGCCUAUACAGUUUCUCUUAACCUAAAGUCCAUCUCCACCUUUUGCUACCUAACAUAAAAAUCCACUUCAGAUGCACUUUGUCCAAGAAGUCUUUCCUCAUGCACCUUCUGCCCCCAUGGAAGAUCAUUUCUUCCUUUAAACACUACAGCACUUACUAAUCUUGGCAGUCAUUUCAUCUCAAUAUAUUCAGCAUGCUUUAUGCCUUAUCCUAGACCAGAGGAGGUUACCAUUUUUUAUGGAAGGCAGUUUUUCUGUUAGACCCUAGAGCUUUGAGGAAGCCAGAACCGUUGUGUGUACUGUUACCAUUUCCCCCAUAGUCUGGCUUUCAGCCCCAUUUGAGGUCACUUACAUUGAAGAGCAGAGCAGGUACCGGUGUGAACCGCUCAACAUGAAUCAUGCAGAUGGCAUCCGGGAGAUGGCCUUCUCUUGAGCCCACAAAGAAAAGCCUAUUUGGGGUAAGAUGAAAGAGGCUGAGAAACUUGUGGGACACUGGGUAUGGCUGGUUCGCAUACCACAUAGCCCUUCUUCUGCCAUCCCCUCCUUCAAGAGUUUGAAUAAUAUGGAAUGGAGUUCAGUUAUAGAGAUUAGUGAGAACUGGAGGCUGCUGAUGGAAACAAGAACAAAGGGGUUAAUAUCAUUAUCACUUGGGGAGCAGUGACUACACUCCAGGUCCUAUAAGUCCUACUCUUCCCUGCCAUAGCUCUUCACGAUACCCCCCCCCCCACACACACACCCUGUAAAAGACACCACUCUUACCUAGAAGCAGCCACAAUGGAGGCAUUGAGGCCACCAAAGCAGGAUAAUGCAACCGCCAAUGGAAUUGUCCAAUUGAAAAUUCCAAAAAUCUGGUCUGCAAAAGUCUAAGGGAAAGGAACAGAAAAGUGUCAUUAGCAGGACCUAAACAGGAUGAAAGGCAUGGACAAGCGUGCCCCAGAUAGCCCCUACGUUGUUUAACUCUUCAUUCACAACCAGGGUGACAGGUCUUUGUAAGCCCAGUAUGGUAAGCAUACUUUUUUUUUUUUUUUAAAGAUUUAAUUUUAAGUAGGUAGGGGCGCCUGGGUGGCUCAGUCGGUUAAACAUCCGACUUCGGCACAUGUCAUGAUCUCACGGUUUGUGAGUUUGAGCCCUGCAUUGGGCUCUUUGCUGACAGCUCGGAGCCUAGAGCCUGCUUCAGAUUCUGUGUCUCCCUCUCUCUGGCCCUCCUCCACUCGUACUCUAUCUCAAAAACAAAAAAAAAAAUUAAGAUUUAAUUUUAAGUAAUCCCUAUACCUCCUAUGGGGCUCAUAACCCAUAACCCUGAGAUCAUGAGUCACACACUCCGUCAACUGAGCCAGGCGCCCCUAAGCAUAUUCCUUUCAAGGACCACCCACUUUCCCACAAAUACACCCUCAGCCUUCUGCUAGUGAAAAUCCUUUACCACAGCAACAGCAUCACUGGCCAGGAUGUCCCUCAUGUCUAGCACAGUGUAAUAAGCCACAUUGGUCAAGAUGUAGAUGAUGGUGACAAUGGGCAUGGAAAUGCCAAUGGAGAGAGGUAGGUUCCUAUGACCAAAUAGAAUAAUGCAUGCAUUAGUCCCACGGUCACAUCCCCAUCUCCUUUAUUCCUUACACUCCCACACCAAUCCAGGGGUGGUGCCUCCUGUGCAUUGCCCCACUGCUUUUGCCUUUGAAGUUACCUACAAUCGUGACUUCAUUCUUCAGAGUUCAGAGCUUAAAGGGCAUCAAGGGAAAAGAAUAUCACAUUUAGAGAAAAGGAUUAACAGAA